UGCUCCAGGCCACAACAAACUACAAGAACGGCUGUUACAAGAGUGAGACUUUUUAGCUGGCCACAUUCAUUAUAGAUCUUGGUCAAAGGCACGUCCCCCAAGACUUCUCUUUUACUUUUAAUUGUAUAAGAAAGGGCUAAAAUCAUCGGGAGCUAAGGAAUCUGCAAAAUUAUGGAUCUAAUUCAUGCCCAGGGGGAGGGAGAGAGGGAGCAGUUUCAGGCUCAAUCUCAUCUGUAUAAACAUGUAUUUAACUAUAUAGGUUCCAUGUCGCUCAAGUGUGCGGUUCAGCUGGGCAUCCCGGACAUAAUCUACAACCAUGGGCAACCAAUUACCCUUCCUGAGUUGGUCUCAAAGCUCCAAAUUCACCCUUCAAAAGCUGGUUUCGUGCCGCGGCUGAUGCGCUUACUUGUGCACUCUGGCCUCUUCGCUGCAACAGUUCGUGUCAAAAAUCAAGAAGAAGAAGAAGCGUACGAUCUUACGCCUUCAUCUAGGGUCCUCAUCAAAGAUCAGGUAAGCAACUUAUCACCAUUUGUUCUGGCAAUGAUUAACCCUGCUCUAGUAACUCCAUGCCAUGAUUUGGGAAAUUGGCUUCAAGGGGAGAAGGUCACUCCAUUUGAGAGUGUGCACGGGAUGAGUUUCUGGGACUAUAACGACCAAAACCCAGAAUUCAAUAGUCUUUUCAAUGAGGCAAUGGCCAGUGAUUCUGGAAUGAUGAACUUCAUUAUUAAGGACUGCAAGGCGGUUUUUGAAGGGUUGGAUACGUUGGUUGAUGUAGGGGGUGGUACAGGAACAUGCGCUAGGAUCAUUUCUGAGGAAUUCCCUCACUUGAAAUGCACAGUUUUCGACCUUCCACACGUCGUAGCUAAUUUGGCAGCAGACAGUUUGAAGUUGAAUUAUGUUGCAGGCGACAUGUUUGAGUCUAUUCCUUCGGCAGAUGCUCUUCUACUUAAGUUGGUUUUACACGGUUGGAGCGAUGAGCAUUGCGUGAAGAUACUGAAAAAAUGCCGAGAAGCUAUUUCAAAGAAUGGAAAGGGCGAGGGGAAAGUGAUAAUCAUAGACGUAGUGAUAAAUGAAAAGAAAGAAGAGCAUGAAAUGACUGAAGCGAAGCUCUUGUUUGAUAUGUUGAUGAUGGUUGUGACUUCUGGAAAAGAGAGAGAUGAGAAGGAUUUCAAAAAGCUUUUCUUGGAGGCUGGUUUCAAUCGCUACAAGAUUACACCAAUUUAUGGCUUAAGAUACGUUAAUCUUCCUCACACCACUGUCAUGGGUUUUGAGAACAACGACAAAGUUGCUUGGGUUGAAAGAAUCAUGCAGAUUGAUAGAAGGGAUAUUGGUACGGCUCUAUCCGUGAUAUCAUCCAACAUAUCAGCAGCAACUUUCUUGGCAUCAAUUUCCUUAACUCUCUGCUCUCUGAUUGGAGCUUGGAUGGCAAACUCCUCCAAUUACUUUAUGCAGGGUUUAGUCUAUGGAGAUACAAGGCCUUCCACCAUGUCCAUCAAGUACAUAAGCCUCCUAAUCUGCUUCCUCCUUGCUUUUUCAUGCUUUGUUCAGUCAGCAAGGAACUUUGUCCAUGCAAACUAUCUACUAAGCACCCCAGAUAGUAACAUUCCUGUAAGAAAUGUGGAAUUGGUAAUUCUAAGGGGUGGUGAUUUUUGGUCACUCGGGCUUAGAGCACUUUAUUUUGCUCUUGAUAUUCUUCUAUGGUUUUUUGGGCCAAUACCCAUGUUUGUUUCCUCAAUCGUAAUGGUGAUAAUCUUCCACUACCUCGAUACAAAUACAACUCUGUUGCAUAAACAUGGUUCUCCACAGAAGCAGAUGGUCGAAACCGUGGCUGUCUGAAUAUCCAUGCCAGAUUCGGCUACCCUCCAGCAUCAUGGUGCCUUCUGUUGUAAUUUUUGAGUUAACCCUUCUUCUGUUGUAAUUUUCAACCAUAAUCGCUUUUGAGUUGUGCCUUCUGUCGGUCAAACUGGGUGCAGCACCGUAUGGCUAUCCAUGAUAUUAUGGUUGAAAAUUAGAUGAUUACUAAAAUGGUAAUCAUCGUCCGUUACUUUUUAUUCCAUGAUAUUAAAAAAAUAGGUAAAUAAAUUAUUAUGUCUGUUAAUCUCUUUAA